UCCAAAACAGCGCGCCCUUUUCCAUAGACGGUCGCAGUAAGUCAAGGAGUCACUUUGAAAAUGCCUUCCAGAAAGAAGAAUCCUCCAAAAAAGCAAAAUACGCUGGACAUCGCGUCAUUUUUCGGCACACCUGGCAAAACUGUCAGCAGCCGAUUGUCAGAGAGUGCACAGCCAGGUGGAGCUACAGGCGGAGCUACAGGUGGAGCUUCAGGCGGAGCUUCAGGCGGAGCUUCAGGCGGAGCUACAGGCGGAGCUUCAGGCGGAGCUUCAGAUGGAGCUUCAGGCGGAGCUUCAGGUGGAGCUUCAGGUGGAGCUUCAGGCGGAGCUUCAGGCGGAGCUUCAGGCGGAGCUACAGGUGGAGCUUCAGGUGGAGCUUCAGGCGGAGCUUCAGGCGGAGCUACAGGUGGAGCUACAGGUGGAGCUUCAGGCGGAGCUACAGGUGGAGCUGCAGGUGGAGCUGCAGGCGGAGCUUCAGGGUCUGAUCCAGGGGAAGGAGCCAAAUUCUCUCAGCCAAGCGGAGAUGCACAGUCCAAUCUAGGUGGAGCUACAGGCUCUCAGACACGCAGCCAAACGAGAGUGAAAGAGGAGAACGGUGUUGAUCCCACGGGCGAACAUCUGCAUCGCAUCACGGUGAAAUUCAGUCCUACUGACAGCGAGAAAUACACUAUUGACUGCUAUCAUCCUCGCACACUGCUGGACGUGAUAAAAUCAUCUGAAAUCUAUGAGAAGAAGAUGAAGAUGCAUUCAGAUGAAAAUAUUGUGAUAACGGUGGGUGAAGCAAGGGACUCUAUUGUUGCAACACAUUUCCCUUGUACUUGUGUCAGAAGUGACGAGUCUCUGAUCAUAUCAGGGAAAAAAGAAAAGGUUGAAGUGACCCAGGACCAAUUUUACAAAAUACACUCAAGGGAUAUGUAUUCUGUAUUUUACAUUGAUACCGUGGGAGGGCAAUACACCGAACAAAAGAAGCUUUUUAGAAACAAGCCUGCCAAAAAGUUGAAGUAUCUGUGGGUCUAUGGGGAGAAGGGGAUCACUGUCAAAGAGGCUCUGGAAAGAGACGGUCGCUUCAUUGAAGACCUCGGCGACUUCACUCUGUCUGACAAUGAGAAUCCAGAUUUAAUCACUGAAUGCACACAAAAAGUUGACAAACUACAUGAAAAACAUUUCAAGAUAUGUCUUCCACGGAUCUCUGCAAAUGAUAGCUCGGGUUUAUCAAGUAAUUCGGCACAGAGGUCUGACUCAAUGCCGGCUGUAGAUGAAGCGCAGCAGAGAAAAAUCAGAGCAGCGAUGGAAAAGAGAGGAAUUAGUGUCAGAGCAGCGAUAGAAAAGAGUGGCAACAAUGUCAACAUUGAGGAGAUUUAUGAAACGCUGCGUCGCCAGUUUCCAGAGCUCAAAGCAUUUAUGGAGAGUAGAUUCCCUGGGGAUUCUUAUCAGAAAGCAGUCAACCUGAAGAAGGAAAACUUUGGGAAGAUCCAACAGUCAUUCAGUGAAGUCCACAGAAUCACGAAGCUGCUGAAACGGGGCGAGUCAGUUUGCAAAAUUGAUGUUGAGGAUGUUUCUCAGGGAACAGGCUUUGUGCUGUUUGGCAACUUCAUCUUGACCAACGCACACCUUCUCAAUGGUUGUGUCGAAGGACAAAAGUUGAAGAAGGGUAUAGAAAUGUCUUUUUUCUUUGAAGAUCCUGAGUCAAAAGAGUACUACUUCAAGCUGGCUCACCGUGACAUCUACUGCACUCAGGAUGAGAUUGAUUAUGUGGGUGAAAACUACAACCACAAAACAAAGAAACAUAAAAAAAUGAAGGUGCCACCAGGACUCCUGAAGAGUUUUGGUCCAAUGCCCCAGAAUGGUGAAGCCUGUAUUAUUGGUCACCCAGCAGGAGGAGUGAAAAAGAUGGAUCCUACAUUUAUCAUUGAGAAAGAGACGAGGGAUCAGUCACAUCCAAGCAAAGAUCCCUUCGUUGUCUGGUCAAUCAAUCAAAUUAUCCAAGAUCAAAACAUUGAAAACAUAAUGAUGGGUGGGAAAAACGCAGACAAAGUUGUGGCCUACAACACUUUCAUGUAUCACGGCUCUUCUGGCUCCCCGGUGUUUGACGCUCGUGGUCGAGUCGUUGGUUUGCACACCGCAGGAUUUCUUUACAAACAAGAGAGUGUGAUAGAGUUGGCCCAACCUCUGCUCACUAUUUUUAAAGACAUUGUGACUAUGUUAAAAGAACAUGGAAAGGAUGAGCUGUUGGAGACAGUUAAGAAAGAGGUGAAGGAAAACUCAGACCUAGAAGAGGUCUUCAUGUCUGUGGUUGAGCUCAAGGAUGAGCCAGCAGACCCUGAGGAGCUCCUGGACUACAUUGAGCCAAUGGAAACUGAUUAAGUAUUCAGACCUUCAACACACCUGGCUGUAUAGGUUGUUUUAAAGUUCAUGAAAUCUUUAAUUUGACCGAAAGAUUAACUACAAAUUGUAAUGCUGUCCUGCUAUUUUUGUGUACCAAGUGUAUUUUUGGGGCUGUGAACAGCUUAUUACUCAACCUAUAACCAUCACUUAUUUUAAUACUAUAUUCUAGACUUACCAUUGAUGUUUGUUGUAAUGUAAUCAGAAACAUUGACUCGCCUGUGAAAGCCUAAAUGUCAUAGUUAAGUAACUUUUCUUGGAAUUGUUUAGUUUUUUGUGUUGAUUUUGUAAUUGAUAUUUUAGACUUUAUUACUCAUAUUACCUGUUUCUAUAAUAUUAAAACUCACCUGUUUGUUUUCUUCAAAA